GGUUGUUGUUGUUGUAAACAAGUAUCGUAAAAUGUCAGUAACGUCGAAGGUUUUUGCAAGUUUGGAUGUUUUAUUAUCAAUUAUACAAACAUAUAGUGGCACAAGGGAAUUUUGCAGCUGUGCGGUAAAAUAUAAUGAAUAAAUCACUUAAUUAGCAUUCCGAUUCAUUUGCUGCCGGGUGUGAAGUAGUGAAAUGUCGCGUCAAGUGCAAUCGCCAUUGUGACAGUUUUGACAAGCUUCGGAUGUUUCGGCGCGGUACCGUAGGUCAAACACAAAUAGAACCCCGUUUUGCAUACUAUGCUCUGUGCGGCGUAGAUGUCAAGUGAAAAAAAAAUUGUCCAACCGACGCGCUGAUUCCGAUGAGUCGCGUGCAGUGUGUGGAAUUCGAAGAGAAGAAAGUAAAAAAGAUUGUGACUAGUCUAUUGUAACGGUCACAAUAGCGCGAGUGUCAUUCCCCUAUGGAAAAGUGCAGUGACGUACCCCACAAAACGGGAAUAGAAUAGUUCUCUCGUUUUCAAAUGUAAAAACGACAUCAAAAAGUAUAAUUUACCAACCAAUAUCAUACAAAGAAAGGUAGCACCCGCUCAUCGGCAACCUGUCAAAUCGAAAAAGACGGACCAUCUUUUGAACGAAGAUAACAAAGAAAAUAGCGCUUACAACCGGGAUAGAAGUAACUGCCGGUCCAGCGGCAGACAAUUAGCUAAUCAAGCUCCGAGCAAGCUCUGCCGCCGGGCCGCCCUCCUUCAAGAUGAUGGAUCGGAUACCGUCACUGUCAAUACCGGGCUUAUCGUUGUCCCAUCCGCUGUCAAUACCGACUUCGCAGAAUCUCACGAAUCAAUCAUCGCACGCCGCAUUGAAUUCACUUAAUUUGCACACCCAAAAUCUGCAUGCCGCGUCAUCUGUGAACGCUCUGCACAGUUCCCAGGGUGGCACAACGACGGCGCAUGCCGUGGCCGCGGCUGCUAACCUGCACCAGAAUGUAGGAGGACUGCUGAACGGAACCGGCAACAGCAACGGGAACUUGCAGCCCUACGUAACAGUCCAAAGUUCUCCCUACUAUUACAGCCUACUGGGGCAAACGAUGAUGAAGAAACCCGCCGAGGAGCACAUCAAACGUCCGAUGAAUGCCUUCAUGGUGUGGUCCCGAUUGCAGCGACGGAAAAUCGCCCAGGACAACCCAAAAAUGCACAACUCGGAGAUCUCCAAACGACUCGGAGCCGAAUGGAAGCUGCUGACCGAGGAUGAAAAACGACCAUUCAUCGACGAAGCGAAAAGGCUUCGGGCGAUGCACAUGAAGGAACACCCAGACUACAAGUACCGGCCGAGGAGGAAACCGAAACCGAUCCGGCGCGACGGGUAUCCCUAUCCGAUGACGUAUCCCUCCGUACCGGUCGAUGCUUUGCGAGCAGCUUAUUUCGUUGAUUCCGCAGGCAUCUCACCCAGCUACUUUGCACCAGGUGCUCCGUACCACUUAGGAAGUCAUUUGUCACAAGCUAGUCCUCCCACGACCCAGUCUUCAAUCUCCUCCCAGAUGGACGUCUCCAAAUUUGCUCUAGAUCGCAGCGCUUACUUAAAUACGGCAGCUGCUGGGGCUCUGUAUGACACCACAAAAUCACAAACGAAUCCUUACAGUGCAUAUCUGGAUCCGACAACUGUACUGACCAAGGCGUACUUCGAUUCGAAAAUGUAUCAAGAUCGAGCUACAGCAGCCGCCAGUUACGCGUUCGAUAUUUCCAAAAUUUACGGCUCCACGGCUCAGCAGCAACAGCAACAGCAGCAGCAGCAACAACAACAACAAGCUCAUUCUCAGGCACAACAACAGGCUCAUCAACAGCAGCAACACCAACUGCACCAUCAGCACCAGCUGAACGGUGACGACCGCGAACCGACGCCGCAGUUGAGCGAUGUCAAUGUGGACAUAAAACCACAGCUCGGAGAACAGAUGGACAGCUCGCCAUUGCAUAGCAACAGCUACGGGACAAAUAGUCUGCUCGGUGGAGGUGCCGCCGGCUUGUACCAGUAUGCCGGUGCUGGACAGACUGGCGGUGGUGGUGUCGUUGGGUCUGGUGCUGGCGGUGGCGGUGGAACCGGAGAUUACCGGCGCCCGCUGACGGUUAUAUUUUGACCAAAUUCCGAGGUGAUGGAUGACAGAGAUUAUUGAAAAAAAAACUAGACAUUAAGCUUACAAACAAUAGAUCAACGAUUACAAUUGCUGUGUAGAUUAUUAGGUGUUAUAUUUUUGAAUCAGCCAUCCUGUUAGUAUGGUUGCCUACAUAAAUCAUCCGUACUGCGUUUGAAACGAAUCCUAGAUUUAACGAGGCGCGUCCUUUUUCGGUAUGUUUUAACGAAGAAGUACAUCUUAGCUCACAACCCGGCUUCUCAACCGACCAGAAUAAGCGUAGACACAAACAUUUUAAAUUGUACCAGUUUGUAGAGAACUUUUUAGACUAGUUACGAUUGCAAACUUGUACGAAACGAUACUCUCAUGAAAUUUCAAAGCACGUGAUUUAUAUAUAAGAAAGUGAAUAACUGUAAAAAGCUUCAUGACACAUAAAUUAUGAUUACUCAUAUGGUAAGACAGGCACACACCUCUUUAAAAUAAAACUAGCAAAAAUUAUAGCUUAAGAAUACAUUCAACAUUUCCAAAUGUUUUAACAAAAAAAUUGUACUCCAAAAUGAAUAUACUCGUUACGAUACAAAUAUCUUCGACAAACAUUUAUCCCGAAGAGCAACAUGGAUCUUAUAUGACGCUGUUAAAUUAUUUCUUUUCACUUGUAAUGGCUAUGAAGCUUCCAGAAGAAUUCAUACCAACUAUUAUAAUAUCAACAUAAUGGGCAAAAGGAACGAAUAUUGAUUGAGUAAAAUAAACAUAAUCACAAAA